UGUCACAACUACUGCUCUGGAAACUACAGCUUGGGAUCCCUCAGAAAUGCCCAUCAUGUUCCUCCUCCCUCCUCCAUUGCCCUCUGCUCUAUGAAUGUGAGUGGUGGGGAUGUUCUCUGCUUGCCCAGCAGCUGUCAAAACCAUACCUGGCUCCUGAACAAUGGCCAAGAGACCUGCAGUGAACCUACCAGCUGCCAGCCGGCCAACUGCGAGCCCAGCAACUGUGAAACUUCCAGCUGCCCUUCCUCUGGUUGCUAUGUGCCCAGACCCUGCCAAGGCACCAGUUUUAUUCCUGCUUCUUCUUACAUCUCUGGAUCCUGCUUCCCAGUAUGUUAUAGACCUCUGAGCUAUGUGUCUAGCAGCUGCCAACCCCUGAACCUCCUCACUUAUGGAUGCCGCCCCUUGGGUUAUUUGCCUGGUGGUCCUCAUCCCGACAGCAUUACCCACUAUUCUGUAUAUUUGCUUCAUGUCUUCAAUUACUCCACACCUGCCCUCAUUUCAUAUCAUCUCCUUGUUCACUCUACCCUUCCUCUCCUUUGGGAUAAUUCUUUUGGCAUUGUGUCCAGCAGCCUCAGACCUCUGUGUCCUCUCUUCAGUGGAUGCCAGCCUCUGACACAUGUGUUUAGCACUUGCCAUCCAUCUUGCUCUGCCUGGGGAGGCCUAGUGAUCUGUGGAGGUGCCCUCUGCUUAAUCAGUAGCUGUCAACCUGGCUCCUGGACUACUGCCCAGAGCCCUGUGGUGAGCCAACCAGCUGCCAACCAGCCAAAUAUGGGCCCAGCAACUGUGAAAUCUCUUGAUACCGUUCCGCUGACUGCCAUGUUUCUAGACCUACAGAAACUGACUUUGCUCCUGCUGCUUCCUGUGUGUCCAGUACAGGCCACCCACCAACCUACACCCGAUGCCCAAACUUCCCAAGGUUAA